CACAGAUAAACGUUCCAAUUGGAGAGCUCGUCACUUGCUUUUUUCAACUUGCGCGGAGUACAAGUAAAGUUAAUUGAUUAGCAACCAAAAAAGAAAAACAUGGCCAGCCAAACCCAGGGAAUCCAACAAUUGUUGGCUGCUGAAAAGAAGGCAGCUGAAAAGGUUGCCGAGGCCAGGAAACGCAAGGCAAGAAGAUUGAAGCAAGCCAAAGAUGAGGCCACUGAGGAGAUUGAGAAAUUCCGUCAGGAGCGUGAGCGCGCCUUCAAAGAAUUCGAGGCCAAGCAUAUGGGCAGCCGCGAAGGAGUCGCUGCUAAAAUCGAUGCAGACACCCGUGUGAAACUUGCCGAUAUGGAGCGUGCCAUUCAGACUCGUAAGGAACCCGUCAUCCAGGAGAUUCUCCAAUACGUCUACAAUAUCUCACCCGAGGUCCACAAAAACUACAAUGUCAAGUAAGAAGGGAGCCGAAAUGUUUUCUUACUCCUUCUGCUUGUCCGAGUCCGUGGAAAGGGUGGCCGGAUUUGGAAAAUCAUAUGUGUAAAUUUUGUGUUCUAAUCAAGUGUAAAUUCAAUGUCCAAAAAUCCAGCUCCAAGUGCAAACUCUAUUGCAUCUAAUUUAGCCCUGUAAUAGUUAGUGGAAUGAUCGAAAUCUAAAACUAAAACACAAAAUUACUGCUGUAUUAUUAUUCCAUAUUAAAGUUAUAUAUUUGUUGUUUGUUCUACUUAGAAAA